AUGCUCCUCCACGUCCCCUUCGUAAUAUUUUUCGCGACAAGUUGCUUGUCCAUCGCCAUUCCAUCGCCUAUCCCAGAAAUACCCUCGUUCUUGAAGAUAUGCCAUCAAAGUGAUCCGCAUCUUAGCGACUGUAUAAAGGAGAGUGUCAAUUCCUUGAAACCGUAUCUAAGAAAAGGUAUACCGGCCCUUGGAAUACCAACGUGUGAACCACUCCACUUGGACGAGAUCGAGAUCGAUCAAUCUUCCGGUCCGAUCUACAUCCGGGCGAUCUACAACAACGUGUCCAUAUUUGGAGGAACUAAUUUCGUACCUAAGAGUAUCAGACUCGACUUGGAUAAAAACGUGAUACGAUUGAAACUCUUCAUCCCACGAUUGGAGAUGGUGUCGAAUUACGUGAUGGAUGGUAGAAUCAUGAUGCUAUCGAUCACGGGGAACGGGUUGGGACACGGAAACUUCACCGACAUCGACGUAAUUGUCACGAUACAGAUGGAGCGGUAUCUGAACGAGAGGACAGGCUCGAUUCAUCAGGCUGUCGACGAUAUUUACGUAGAUUUCGAGAUCGGGCAUGCCACGGUGCACUUGGACAAUUUGUUCGACGGUGACGAAAUGUUGUCUGGCGCCAUGAAUCUUUUCCUCAACGACAAUUGGAACACGAUUAUCGCCGAGAUUAGACCGAAAUUAGAGGAGACUAUAGCCAUGCUUAUCAUGAAAUUCACGAACACGAUUUUCUCCGUGUUUCCGGAAAAUGUGUUGUUGCCACCUUAG